AUGACGACGGAUGCGUCACCGGUGAACCCCUAUCUGCUGUUCAGCCGGGCGGACGAGUUCAGCACGGAUGCCAAGAUCGACUAUGCGCUUCGUCACAAUCACCUCUACACCUCGAGGGGAGACAGCGCCACAUUCGCGCCCACGCCGCUGAAUACCGAGCUUGAUCGCCGUACGCUCGUCCGCACGCUGGAGGAGCUCAAGCGCGGCGUCUCCUUGGGUGACCGGCUGCUCCCAGUCACGCCGAGCACCUGCACAACGCAUAACACGACCGCCAGCGCCUUCUCGUCGCCCGAGGACACCGCGUCGCCUCAGUUUGACGCCCCCAAUGACGGCGACGCCUCGAACGUGUUCUUCGACGGCAUUGACGACCUCGACACCAAGCCGUGGGACACCGCCGCGAGCAGCCAGGCAAACUACUGGAACUGGCAGAUGGAGGUGCUCUACCAGUCCUACCACAUCUGGAUUGCACUUGAUUACGGGCGAGGCGUCUUUAGCAUCACGCGCAACGGCGUCGUGCUGGUCGACCGCAUGCCGACCAUCGUCGCGUCGAUCCUGCAGGUGGUUGAGACGACGCUGCACGCGCGCGAGCAGGACCUGCAGCAGCUGCGCAGCUUCGUCGAGGGCGCCAUCGCCGACGAGCAGACUCGAUCACGCGUGAUGCAGCAGGUGUGGAGUCCCACUGUUUUUGUGAGUGUGGUGUUGCUGAACGUGCCGCAUGAGGUGGAGAAGGCAGUCCCCUUCAGCCGACCCACCUCUUCUGAGGCGGAGGCGGCCCGCAGUGGCGUGCACCGCCAGCGACAGCGACAUCAACCCAGCAUCAUCAUGUACCCUCCCGAGUACCGCCGCUUCACACCUCUGGAGAAUGACGACAGCGAGCACUCUCGCUGCUCGGCUGUGACAGUGCUCUUUCACUGCGAUGCUCGGAAGCUGCUCAACGACGGCACAUUCCUGGACCGCCUUCGAGACCUUCUCAGCCGCUACGAAAGUGUCUACCGGGAGCGCAGCACGCCAGAGAAGUGGCCGCAAUCUUCGCUGGGUGCGUCGCUGGAGUACCUGGUGUGCGCGAUGCCGGAGAAAACGCCGGAGUGCAACACACUUAUCUUAGUCAGCAAAGUCGGCGCCAAGGCCUCGUCGGAAGCAUUCAACUUCUUGCAGAGCACGGUGCGACGCAAGAAUCUCAUCGUCUCCAUUGUGGCGCUGAAUCGCCUGCUCGCGUUCGACUCCCCCGAGCUGAGCCCGCUCGUCCGGUUCCUGUCGUCUGUUGGCGGCUUUGCCGCGCACGUGGACUACUGGUUGGCGCUUGCGGCACCCCGGCUGAACAACGAGUGGUGCCGCAAGUUUGAGGGGGCGCGGUGCUUGGCGCAGCAGAUAUUUGUACACCUCAUCAAGGGGUUUCCGGUGACCAUCCCGGGCGCCGCGCGGCGCGAUCUGCUUGCGGACGCCGUUGGCGAGCCAGUAGUUCUCUAUGAUGGUGACCACGACCUUCCCGACUUCGUCAUUGGCGCCUCCACGAAAGAGCUGCUGCGUGCCUCGGCGGCGCUGCGCUUCAACCAGGGGUGGAGCGUGCUGAUCGACUAUCGCGAUGAGUCUGCCACGUCGCAUAUGGCUGCACGCUACGACCACGACUUCCACCGCGGCACCAUCACGCUGCACUACGAGAUGAACAUCAACCGGCCGGCGGUCUAUCGGCGGCUGCUCGUGUCAGGGACAAAGGCACUGGUCGACCGCUUCUGCAAAACCCGGUGGGACGACGAGACGACAAACUGGGUCGGCGAGGACAGCGGCCACUGGCUCGCGUAUCUCUCGCUGCUGCGACUACGGGUGAUAAUGUGGAUGAAGGCAGAGCAGACGCUUAUGCAGCUGCUCAACGCGGGCCCGCGGCAGACGCCGAUGAACGCCAUCCCUGAUCUCGCCCAUCUCUCCUCCGCCGAGGGCAUGCUGUCGCAGUGGUUUAAUGUUUCCACGGUGUACUCUCUAGGCGUCUUCUUCCGGUUUGAGCAGUUGCCACCCAGUAUGCUGGUGAGCUACACCCGCGCCCAAGUUGCGAAUGGGGCGCCGACGGAGGCUGCCGCGCGCGCCUGUAUACGUACGGCGAUGGAGCGGCGCCACCGACUUGUCGGCCGGGAGGAAGAUCUCACGUAUAUGCACACGGAGACCGUGACGACGCCGUCUUUUGCAGGUGCCGCAAACGCCGCCCGCGACGUCUUUUCCCUGGUGCAGUUCUUCCCACAGUACGAAACAAGCUCCGGCAGCGACUUUGGUCUAGCCGGCGCCUUCGAGUGCCGUGUGAGCUGCGUGUUGUGCGAUCGUGCCACGCAGGAAGCACUCAUAUGCGCGCUGCUGAGCGACAUCGAGGAGGCGGUGAGCGAGCGCAACAAGGCGACGGCACGCAGAGAUCGGCAUCUGCUGGUGCGCACGUCGCAUCAUACAGAAAACGAACAGGCGCUUCGGUUGGUGAAAACGAGCCUCAGCACGCGGCGCAUGCGACUGCUGACGAGUUACGUGGAGGGGAAGUGGCACCCCGGCGCGGACGCCGGCUCCGCCGUAAAGAAGGAGAAAGGAAUGUUUAAGUUAGGGUUCCCGUUGCUCUUCCGCAUUCCGCUGCUGUCUUUCCCGUGGCCGCUGCUGAAUGCGCUGUGCUUCCGCUGGAUCCUCGGCUGCAGCGAGUUUUACCCGUUCCUCGCUGAGGAGAUCUUCAGCCACAUUGUGUCGCGCCGCCUGCACGCGGGAUUUGUGCUCAUCGUGUACUACACAUCAUCGCUCAAGGCAGUGCUCAUGAAGCGCGUCGGCGAUCCCGAGACACACUCGCACGUGUGCCUAUUCGACGUACUGGAGGCAAUACCCUCGCCGACGUCGACGUCGGUGCCGGCGGCGCCGAUUUCCCUGCGGCGCUUUGUCACGCCGUUCAAGCGAGCGCAGUCGUCACAGUGGACGUACACGCACGACAUCGAAGAGGACAUGCACAUUGCCACGGCCGUAUUCACGUGCAAAGUCAUUGCCACGCAGCAGCCCAGCAAGCGAUCCCUUCUGGCUCGGCAAAUGCGUGAGCGGGGCUUCAGCCCUAUCGUGGCGCGGGUCGAGUCGAUUCUGUUCUCUCUGCAUGUGAGAUAUACGGAGUACGUGGAGUUGCGCUCACCUCCCUCGCUCGGCGUCAAGGGGUGUGUGCAACUACGCGAACGGCUGCUGAACAUUGUGAGCUGCGUCGGGGAUCGCAGCGCGGUCGUGAAGGCCCGUAUGUUGCAAGCGGACUACGUGCAGCGGCUUUCUUCCGGGGCCGACGUAGUGGACCCCGAUACGGACGUGUACGUCUCCGUCUUGUGUCCGAUGCGCUACAAGACAGCACUUUGUGUCUUGAUACUUGAGAGCGACACGGAGGCCGGGACGGGGAGGCAUGUGGUCAAGGUUGCGCUGGCUGCCCUUGAUGGGCAACUGCUCGAGUACGCCAUCGCUCAGCAGUACCACCACUCCCGUCCGACCUUGCCGGGCGGAGACACAGCAGCUGCGUCAUGCAGCGAGGAGUGUGCCGCGGCAUCACCCUCGCACUCGGCGAUGCCGGAGUGCAUUGCCGACCGCGCCGUCGUCUUGUCGCUGCGCCACCUGCUCACAGUCUUUACAUCCGUCUACUGCGCCCGCGAGCUCAUCUCGUUCAUCAAACGCGCGUCAGCGGAGAUGGCGGCACCCGCUGUGGCGGAGUUGACAGACGCCUACGCCCACCUCGGCAACUACGCGGUGGAGAUGGACGUCACGCAUCUGCUCAACAUUGUGCAGUGGCGCUGCUGCGCAGCGGCCGGCGGGUUGCCGUGGAGGAGCAAGGUGCAGGAGGUGUUGACAGGUGUGCUGGCGUCGCAGCAGCGGAGCUUUUCGGCGCAUCCCACGCUGUGGCUGCCGAAGACGAGAGCCGACCGGGCGCUGCCGCGCGACGAGAUGUCCUGCGGCGGUGCCUCGUCCCCCUACGAAGCGGCAGAUGACGAGGACGUCCCUGAGUACGACGGCGCAAACGACGGUCUCAGCGCCACACGGGCGAACGCGACGAGUGAGGACGGCGCGAACAAGGGGAAGAGCGCGCAUCCAGAUUUACUCCCGGUCGCGGUGAAGGCAUGCGUGCUUCUGCCGUUGUCGACCAGCGGCGUAGGCAUCGAAGAGAAGGCGGAAUGUCGGUGGCUGUCGUCGGCGUUCAAUAGCUGUGAUGAGAGGAGGCAGAACACAUUGCGUGAGCGGUCUGAGUGGGCGAUUCCGUCGGCAUCGCUCAAGGACUCCACCGCGACGGUUUCCUCGUCGUCGGAGGCGGUGUACGCCGCAGUGGAACGGCUGAAGCUCCGCCUCUUCGUGAAAACGGUGCCGGCGGACCUGCUGUCCCUGUGCGAGGACGAGUCUUUCUACCCACCCCAGACGGCUGUGCGGCGUACGCUGCGGCUCCUCUAUUACCGCUUCACAUCAGAGGAGGCGCCUGCCGCGGUGGGUGGCCCCUCCAUGUCGCAGGCUGCGUCCUUUGUAACCGCACCUAGCUACCUAGGCGCGGCGGACGAGGCGGCGACGACAGAGCUGGAUGAACUGUUCGCGCAGCCGAUGGCCGUUGCUUGGGAUCGGCAGCGCUGCCAUGACGCCUUCCACAGCUGCACGGACCGCGGCUCGCUCCCGAUUCGAGUGGGGCAGGUGAUGCAACAAAUUGCAGAGAGGCUCAAGUGGCGCGUCGCUGUGUACUGCUUGCAGAACGCGUGCUACUGUACCUCCUUCCGGCAGCUCAAAGCACGCGUCGACGCGGAGCCGGCGACACAAACGGCCAUUCCAGGCGUCACGACUGACGGCGCCGCCGCAGUUGCAGCAGGCGAACGACGGGAUGACAAGGCGCGAGAGACGCGGCUGCGCGACCCCGUCCUGUCGCACAACGAGAGCGUGAGAGCGACGGGGCUGACGGAGAACGCGGAGUUGCACGCGCUUCUCUGCGACGUUGUGACCCCGGCCCUGCUGAGUUCCCAUCGUUUCGUCUGUGACACGUUCCCGGUCGAGUUCACCCAGCAGAAGACGAACGUCGGCCGCGUAGUUCCGGAAGAGGCGAUCAAGGACGUGUUCCGCCACUGCGUGGAUGAGGACUGGAUGUGGGUCCUGCCUACGCUGCCCCUCACCUACGUGGUGGUGCCCAACCGCGAGCACUUUGGCGAGCGCUGGGUGCUUGUGUGCGCCACGACAAAGCCUUCCCAGGGCGUCAGUGGCGCUCGCGUUCUUUUAUACGACGCCCAAGGCACGCCCGCUGCCCUGGAGACGAUGCGCAGCUACAGCAGCCACCUCCGCACUCACAUGUGCAACAAGAUCAAGCAGGUGAGUCAGCUGCAUCUGCUCAAGCAGCUGCGCGAGUCCUUCAACGCCAGCGCCGAGCUCAUCCCCCCAGCGUGGGGAGACCAGUUCAGCCAGAGUAGCGGCGCGCCAGGCUGCAGCGGCUCCGCGUACCACGGAAGCCCGCCGCUCGACUCGCAGGACGCGUAUGCGGACGGGUCUCCUUUCUACCUGAGCGGCCGCAAUGUGCUGGAGAUUCCAAUCUACUACAAGCUGCAGCAUCAGUGCAAGAAGAUCCUGCACCGCAUCCAGGGCCACUGCUCGCGACUUGAGCUCGUCGCCAUCUUCAACAGAGACCAGUGCUUCCUCGCCGCCGACGAUGUUGAAGGGGACACGUUCCACUACCUUCGCUUAGUGUUUGUCAAGGACACGGCGCACACUGUGUCGGUGACCUCCCGCCCGCCGCCGCUGACGUCCUCGGAUCGCUGCCCGCAGCUUGUGGUGCAACUCUUCAGCGCAACGCCGAACGCGAGUGUGCAGCGGCCGCUGCAGCGGCUGCAAGACUUCUGCUACUUUCUGGCGGUGCAGGAGCUGCAGGGGCACCUCAACUAUGUGCAGCACAAGAUGAUCUCCUUCAACGACCUUGUUUUCCUGCAGAACCAGCGACUGGAGCCGAUCGUGGUGAACCUGCGCACCAUCUUCGAUAUUGCUCUUUCCGAUUCUGACCACGACGCUCCCCGCGAGUCGUCGCGCGACGUCGGCACAUGCCAGGAGCGGCAGCGAGAGAUUGCGAUUGCGCUGCUCUUCCUGAACCUGCGCGAGUACAAGUUCAAGCCCUUCGGCGUCCAGGACGAGCCCACGCAUGCCACGAGCAACUUUGUGGAGCACUACAACCUCGAAAAGAGCCUCAACCUCGAGCCCGCGAAGGACGCGGCCCCACGCCCGAACUGCGGCAGCCAAGCGCUGCAGGCGUGGCGCUUUGUGAAGAUUGUGGAUGGCUUGACGGACGUGCUGGUGUCGUGCUGUCUCCACGUGCACCCCGACAACCCGCACGUAAUCGUCCUCGACCGCUACCUGACUCGCAUCCCAGCGGAACGCUACAUCAACGGCGACUCGGAGAACACCAUCCUGGCCCACCUGGGCCACAGCGUCGAGAAGACCAUAUCGCAGCUACGGUUUUUCGGCUUGACCUCGCCAGGCCAUCCCUCCUUCCCGCUCUUGCGCUCUUCGGUCCACACGACGGUGGGCGAGCUGCUGCGCAUCAGCCAAGAAACGUCUUCCAAGGACUCGUCGCUGCUGCGCUACCGGCACUUCUCACUCGAUAACGUAAACCUGGCGGUGCUGCCAAUGCUGAUGGAUCGCAUAUGCGGCGCGCUCUCGCACUACGGCCCGACCUGCUUUACCUACACUGCCGGGCGCGCCGCAAAGGGCGUGGUGCAUGUGCCGAACUUCUCGUGGAAGUGGAUGGAGAGCAUCCAAAACGACGCGAUGGCAGACCUGCUGGAGCUGUACGUGACAUGCGGCUACGAUGUCAUGGACUCGCCCGAGGCGACAGCGCCGUUGGCGCCGACCCGCGUCGUGCCGUACGUCGUGCCAGGUGUCCCGAUCACCUCCGUGACGAUCGAGGAAUCGCAGAUGUCGCUGCUAGGCGAGUACCAGCUGUGCGAGCGCGGCUGCCCGUUGCUGGAGUACCGUAUCGUUCUCUCCGUUUCCUUGACGGAGGGCCUCUCGUUAGCCCUCUUCAACCUGCGCGACACGGAGUACGUUGUGCGCCUGCUCGGCUAUGUCGUGCUGGCGAUGGAGGAAAAGUCGGCGCUGUUGGAGGACGUGCUGUUGCAGCGCAUGGGCUACGCCGUGCCAUCCUUCUUCAGCGAGGCGGAUCUGGCGCGCAACUGCUGCGGCGACGACACGAAUGUGAUUCGCACUAAGUCGCUGUCCAUCAGCUUCGACGCGUACCGGCGGCGCGUCAACAACGUUCGCUUCCGUCCGCAGCCAGACGCGGAGCGGGACGCGCCCUUGGUGGUGAUACUCGAGGGGCUGUACAACCGAGGUCUCAUUGUAAACUACGCGUUCUCUCUCGAGGACGCCGUCAAAGUGCUGUUCGACGAGUGCCCACAGUACUCACUGCAAGAAUGCGUGCGCGUUGUUGAUGCGCUGCUCGAGGCGCACGUGCUGUGCGACUAUCCGAGUAGUGUGUUAAAGCCGCAGAUUUCCGUUCUUGCUUCCCUGCCUCACAACGAGCAGCUCAGGUCGGACGCGCGCAACUGCCGGCUUAGCGAGGUGAGCGGCGUGCCAGAGGAUGCCCUUGUGGCGUGCGUCUACCAUCGCCACAUCCUGGCGUCGCACAUCAUCGUGGAGGCACAGAACGCUCGCUCUGGUGUGACCGAGGUGCUGGCGAAGUGCGAUAUGCUGUGGCGGGCGGGGCCGCAGAACAACGUGCUCGAGCUGGCGAAGGCGAUCGUAACGCUGCAGCUGAAGAGCAAGGAGGUGUUCGGCACGCGCGUGCCCGACUUCUCUCUCCGCCGUGAGCGGUGGCGGCACGAGGACGAUGUGCUGGACCCGAUCCUUCCUACCCAGACCCAGCAAAACAUGAGCUACGCCCGCCCUGUGGACGCGUCGCUGCAGCUCUACACGGAGCACCUGCACCAGCUCUACCCCUCCAUGUGCAUCAUCGAUCUCGACCCCAAUGACCCGCUCACCACCUCAGACGAGGUGUUGCUCAACCGUCUGCGAUGCCGGUACGGCAAGGUCACAAGCGAAGACGGCGGCGUGGUGCUCUUCAGCCCGCACCUCUACUACGGGGUCAUUCCGUUUGUGGACCUCCUGCGCUGUGGCACCUUCUACGAGCGCUACGGCCCACUCGCGGACGCGCUCGGCGAGGAGGCCAUCGUCUCUCCCAUCACUACCAGCGGGCUCUUCAUUAUCGAGGUGGGCUUCCAGGUGGUGCACUACGCUCUCGACUUCUUCGUCAUCAACGGCGACGCCGUCCCGCCGGGCAUUACGGCGAAGGUGGCCGCAGACUUCAAGCAGACGCUCCUGUUCGAGAGCGUCUUGUACGACGCUGCGGUGCGCAGCCUGGCACACUGCAUGCGCACGCACUCGGUCGCGCUCUCGGGGCAGCAAAAAACGUACAUGGCGGUGAAGAACCUGGUCAAGUACCACCCCUUCCCCCCGAUGCACUGCGCCAACAUUGUGGCGGCCUACACCAUCACGGACCCGCGGGUAAUGCGGCUGAAGAACCUGACCCCAGGUGGCGCGGCGAACAGCGGCGACGUGCACGUCGGCACAGACGGUGUCCUCUACCUCUCGCCACACAAGCACCACCUCCUGCAGCGCGAGCAGACAAACGACGUGUACAUGUAUGAUGGCCUCAUCAUCUGGGAGCGGGCCCAGCUCUUCGUGCUUCUCACCAGCACAACGGGCGUGAGCAAGGCCUCGCCGGAGUCGAACCGCUACCUCUCUCAGCUCGCUCUGAGCGCCCGGCACCUGCUGCUGAAUCAACUGCUAGACAGCACCCAGCAGGAGCGGCUAGAUGUGGCGUGGCGGAAGUUUCUGACGGACGGGCGCGUGGCGGCGACGACGGCUAGGCGUGGCAACAUGGAGCGGGAGCUGCCGAGCUAUGACGAGUUUGAACUGUUGCGCGGCCACUCACACAAGAUCGUCCUUCACUCGUACGUGCCAAUGCUGCAGAUGAUUCUGGAGCCGGUGGAGUGGAGUGGCGACGGGUGGCGCCUGCAGGCCGUGUGCGCGCAGUUGUACCCCGAGCAUGUUCUGCGCGUGAUUGGGCGCCAGCGAAGCGCCCGCGACUCCCCGGAAACAUCCGCUUCAACGCCACAUGCACGCCACUACGACCUCAACACGAGCUCCCCGGCCGGGGCAGCGCUGCCAAGGCACGCCGCCGCCGCCUCCAUAGCAGCCGGUCCGAUUGGCGGCUACGACAUCACUCGGCUGUUCAUGUCGCCGUGCUUGACCGGCUGGUUUGUGGUGACGUUUGCGCCGAGUAAGGCGGAGGAGAGCGGCUGCUUUCUCGCCAUGGAGUGCUUCUCCGAUCCACACCGGCCCUUUGGCGCGAGUGUCGUGGUCGAGGAGCUGAGCCUGUACUGCAAGCCUUCUCGCGCCCUUCACCAGCAUCGCGUCAUGACAUUCCUCAGCGAGAUGGAGCAGGCGCUGGUGGAGCGAUUUGUGCGACUGGUGAACAGCGCCGUGUGGUCUAGCAUUGUGCCGUGUGUCUCUCAGUUUAUGAUGUAG